GAGCGAGCUAGUGGGCGGGGCCGCGCGGCGUCAGCGCAAGAUGGCGGCCUCGGCGGCGCUGUUCUCGCGCUUGCGGAGCGGGCUCCGGGUCGGCGCGCGGGGACUGUGCACGCGGCUGGCGCCGCCGCCUCCCCGCGCCCCGGAACAGGUUGCUGAGAUCGCCAGCCGUGGAGGCUCCAAGGCCCAGGGGCCACAGCAUCAGCCAGGCUCGGAAGGUCCCAGCUAUGCCAAAAAAGUUGCACUCUGGCUUGCUGGUUUGCUUGGGGCCGGUGGGACUGUCAGCAUCGUCUAUGUCUUUGGAAACAACUCUGUGGAUGAAAAUGGUACCAAGAUCCCUGAUGAAUUCGACAAUGAUCCAAUUUUGGUUCAGCAGUUGCGCCGGACAUACAAAUAUUUCAAAGAUUACAGACAGAUGAUCAUCGAGCCCACCAGCCCCUGCCUUCUCCCAGACCCUCUGCGGGAGCCCUACUACCAGCCACCCUAUACAUUGGUCCUGGAGCUCACCGGGGUCCUCCUGCAUCCGGAGUGGUCGCUGGCCACUGGCUGGAGGUUUAAGAAGCGUCCAGGCAUCGAGACGUUGUUCCAACAGCUGGCCCCUCUGUAUGAAAUCGUCAUCUUCACAUCAGAGACUGGCAUGACUGCAUUUCCACUCAUCGACAGUGUGGACCCCCAUGGCUUCAUCUCCUACCGUCUGUUCCGGGACGCCACCAGAUACAUGGAAGGCCACCAUGUGAAGGACAUCUCGUGUCUGAAUCGGGACCCAGCCCGAGUAGUGGUCGUGGACUGCAAGAAGGAAGCUUUUCGGCUCCAGCCUUACAACGGUGUCGCCCUUCGGCCCUGGGACGGAAACUCCGAUGACCGGGUCUUGCUGGACCUGUCUGCCUUCCUCAAGACCAUCGCACUGAACCAAGUGGAGGACGUCCGGACGGUUCUGGAGCACUACGCCCUGGAGGACGACCCACUGGAGGCUUUCAAACAGCGGCAGAGCCGGCUUGAGCAGGAGGAGCAGCAGCGCCUGGCCGAGCUCUCCAAGUCCAACAAGCAGAGCCUCUUCUUCGGCUCACUCACCAGCCGCCUGUGGCCUCGCUCCAAGCAGCCCUGACUGCUAGGCUUCCUCAGACGUGGUGUCUGGGCCCUAGGCCCCAGUCCUCAGAGAGCAAGGCUUGGACGGCCACGUGUCCAAUAAAGCGCAUCCCAGAUGCCACAAUGCCUGUGUCCAGAGAGUCCAGAUGGGGCGUUGGGGUGAGGCCGGGACUCAGGUCGUCAUCCACAGGGACUGACCACCACCACCAGGCACAGAGAGUGCCUUGUUGGAUCGGGGCUCUUGGCAGCCUGAGGAGCUGAGAGUCUGGGUUUCUGCUGGGCCAUGUCUUCCCACUCUGUAUAAGCUGCAAAGAAAAGCCUGUCUCUGGCUCUGGAUUCCUUGUGUGCUAUGGAAAUAAAGAGAAGUGUGGCCUCUGGAGAGCCAGAAACGGCCCCAUCUCAAGGGCUUAACUGCU